UCAUCAACUACAUUGACUGAUUUCUUCAUCAAAAACCAGAUCAAACCACAAACAACAUCAAUAUUAAGACCUGGUGCUAUAUUUGUUGGUUCUCAACAAUCAGGAAGAUCAACUUAUGAAGUUGAAGUGGAAUUGAAAUCAGUUGACUUGAGCAAAAGUUAUCUUUCAGGUUAUUUGAAAAUUCAAGGUCUAACUGAAUCACAUCCUGAAAUCAUUACAUUUUUUGAAAGUGAAAUCAUAUCUGAGAAUUAUUCAUUUUUCACAGAUAAUAAAGAUUGGGGAUCAACUGAUAAAAUCGAUAUUCAACAUUGGACAAAAUUUCAAAACUGGAGAAAUUCAUUACCUGUUAAGAAAAUCUUAGAUAAAAACUAUGUUCACAAGAAUUUUUUAAAACAUAAUCAUAUUUAUAUGAGAUGGAAAGAAAGAUUUCUGGUUCCUGAUGCGAAAGUUGAAAAUAUUGAUGGUGCUUCAUUCGCUGGAUUUUAUUAUAUUUCUUUUAAUCAAAAGACUGGUAAUAUUAGUGGAUUAUACUUCCAUAAAAGCUCGGAAAAAUUUCAACAAUUGGAGUUAUCUUAUGUCCCAUCUCUUGGAGUUGGUGGAAGCUAUCAAUUC